ACGCUGAAUCAGCAAAACAUGGAGUCGAGAAAAAGAAUCAUAAAAACCCAAAACUGAACAACAAAUGGUUGAAAACAGAAAUUAAAAAGCUUACUUAAUAUCAACCAUAUCAUUUUAUUAAAACAAUAAUGGAUAAAAUAUUGCAUGGUGUUAUUAAGUCUGACCAUCCAGCUGCAGUUAAAAAAGCGGUUGUGUCGCGGAUAUCUACAGCUGCUGCUACAAAUACGGAUGAAGAAAUAUGCAUUAACAUUAUGAAAACUAGCUUGGAUAUUUUGGUGCAACCCAAUUCUUCUAAAGAUGAAAUUGAUCUUGUGUCUAUAGUAUUGAAAAAUUGGAUGAAACACCAUAUGGACGUUGCAUUUCAAUACCUUAACAAAGAAAUUUUACAAAAGUCAAGUUCAAAAUUAAAAUGUGAGGAAAAAACGUUGAUACUAAAAACUUUAAGGUGUUGUAUCAAGACAGUCAGUGCAUUUUAUGAUAUUUCUAAAUCACCAAUAAAAGAAAUGUUAAAAACGUAUUUAUUCUCAACACUUACUCAAUGUGAAGAUUUAGAAUGUUUGUCACUUUGCUGUGAGUUUUUGUUGGAAAACCAUUUUUUUCUUCCAGAACAGAUGGAAUUUGAAUCGAAAAUUGAAGUAACUAAAACGAUAAUUACAGUUAUCAGCAGCAGUCCUUAUAUUUUCCAGAACACAGCUGGUACAGACUUAUCACCAACUGAAAAACAUCUAAAGGUUGUUUCUGGUUUCUUUUUGAUGUGUAUUCAUCACAAUGAAAAACUCAUGAGACAUGCUGCAGGCUAUCUUUUUAAAUUAUUAUCCCGUAAGGACAAACAUCCAUCUAUUUCGCUUGCGUGUGUACUUCCAUCAUUGAAAUUGAAUGUACUUGAAGCAGAUAUGGAAGGGUUAAUGAUGACAGCUGUUUCAAAUGAGCCUCUUACUGCAACCCUUGGACAUAUGGUUGAUUGGAUUUGCUUCCCUAAUGACACACUACCAGUUGAUGAUUGGGUGAUCAAUUUUAUGAAGUAUCUAAUUAAAUAUCGAAAAUUUGAAUGCUUAUUUUCUGUCGUGGACAGCAAGAUCAAACAAAUAUGUAACAUGAUGUUCUUCCCAGUAAUGAGGAAAGGAGCUGUGUCGGUGUUAACAUUCAUGUUGAUCAGCUAUUUACACUCGCCUGAACCAUUCCAUCAGGCAGCGGUAAUAUUUCCUCGUCUUCUGAAGCAUUUAAAGUUGAGCGCAGAUUCUAAUUCAACAUCCAAAAUUUUAGUGGAGUUGAUACAUACACUUAUGUUUCAUUUUCCCGGAUAUCCUGAUGUUUAUUCACCUUUGUUGGCUGCUGUAGAGGGUUAUCCGAAACCAAGUGAAGAAAAUAUGAGAGCUUGGUUAAAUGCAAGUUUCGCCAUUCCAAGAGCGGAAUGUUUAGAUCUUCAUUUUGAACAAGUAAAAUCAGAUACUGGCAAAAUUGGGCUUGAGAAUCUUGGCAAUACGUGUUAUAUGAAUAGUGUUCUCCAGGCUCUUUUUAAUCUACCAUAUAUUAAGAAAGAGGUUUUGUCGAAUACAUAUGCAGCAGUAGGUCAAACAACUUCGAGAAAUCUUCAACACGUGUUCGCUUUAUUGCACGCAUCCGAGAGACCUGCAAUAGCUCCUAAAGAAUUUUACAAAGUAUCUCGUCCAUCGUGGUUUCUCGAAGGGUCUCAACAAGAUUGCUCAGAAUAUUUAAAACACCUAUUGGACAAAUUACAGCAAGAAAGUUCUGAAAGUCCGGAUAAAAUAAACGAUUGGUGUACAGGCGAGUUGAAUGCAACAGUUGAGUGUUUAAACUGUCGUACUCUGUCGUUGAGGAAAGAGACUUUCAAUGAUUUGCCAUUAUCAUUUCAAUCCCCUUCUUCAGAAACAUCACCAGGUGGAGUGUGUACACUCAAAGGAGGAGAUUCUUCGGAGAGCAUAAAUCAGAAAAUGCAUGUCAAGAUGGAUACGGAAACGCAGGAAAUUAACAUGGAAUUUUCGCAAGAGCCGAGUGUCAGUAUUUCAGCUAGCAUGGAGACUACGUCACGUGACGAGAAUAUUACAUUAGUCGACAUGCUAAAUUCGUAUUUCCUACCGGAAGAGUUAAGUGAGAACAAUAAAUAUUUUUGUGAAAAGUGUGCAUCUUUACAGAGCGCACGUAAAUACUUGGAAAUGGAGAAACUUCCUAAAUAUUUAAUUUUGACUUUGAAAAGAUUUACUUUUAACAUACAGACACAAAAAAGAAGUAAGAUUUUAACUACUCUUCAAUAUCCACUGAAUUUCACUAUCUGUAGUGGUUGUGAAGUGUGCGUACAUGAACGACUUCCCUCGAACGAUUCAUCAAUAGAUAAACAGACAAGUAACAGUCCAGGAAAUGCUGGUAGAGCUUUCACUGUGACAUCAGGUUGCCAAAGCAAUGAUAACUACAGAUUGAAGUCUGUAAUUGUUCAUUCAGGCCUCUCAUCUGAUAAUGGACAUUACUAUUGUUACUGUUGUGAAUAUUCAAGUGAUAACUCGCCAAAUUGGUUUCUUAUGAAUGACAGUCGUAUUACUCGCGCACGUGUGGACUUUCUGGAUAGUCUUGGGCAUACCUUUCCUAGAGAUACUCCUUAUGUUUGCAUAUAUGAGAAAUUUAAUGUAGAAGAAAACAAGGAUGUGAAGGAUUUGCCUGCCGUUUUGCAAGAUUUGGUAUGGGCAGACAAUUUGAAGUAUUUAGAAGAAAGAAAAUUUGAGGGAAGAAGAAGAAGAAAUUUAUUUACUUUUCCAAAAAGACCGACCGAAGAUGACGACUCUUUUGGUGGAUCCGGAAAUGGACCUUGUGGCAGUUCUAGCGGUGGGGCAGAACUUUCUGGUAAUAAAUUUGUGUUUUAACUAACACAAGGUAUUCCACCGGACUUUCACAAUCAUGAACUUUUGUUGAUUGCCCACAUCUUCGUUAUAAGCCACCUCCUAAUACAAUUGUCAAAUGAAGGUUUCUUUUGUUAAUUGCGUUAAUGGAGGAAUGAUUUUAUUUUACGAAAAUCAACUUCUUUAGGAGUGGAUUAUUCUGAACUUAAUGAUGUUAGUUUGAAGUAGAUAUGCAUUAAUUUAUUUUCACGUUUUUAAAUAUAUUACAUUUUAAGUACAAAACCUUAAUCGCCUUAUUUUUGCGACCUUUAAUUUUUGCGCAGAAGUUCCGAGCGAAAAUAAAUAUUGUACGAACUAGACUUAUUUUUGCGCAUUUGGGUGCUUAAAGUCAAAAAAGAAAAAUAUAAAUUUCCGCCAAAACGUUAUAAAUAGACCUUAGCAAUAAUAAAAAUUAAUUCUGCGCAAAAAGUUAAGGGCGCAAAAAGAUAAGUCGCGAAAAUUAUGGGUAUUAGGUUAUUCUAUAAUAAAGCUGAGGGUUUUUAAAAAAAAAUCUCUGGUAUCAGGGUGGCCAUCGAUUUUUAAAAUUGUUCUGUAAAAAAAUGUAUUUAGGUAAAUGUUUAAAAUGUUGCAUGGUUUGGGAAAUUUUCUUAACAUCUAAACACUGACCCUUAAGAAGCCUAGAAAACACUGUUAAGAGUGUAGUUACUUUUAAGAAGUCCUUAGGAAUCCUCGUUGCUGUCGAGAAGACUACAAACACAUGACAUUAGACACUGUAAACGUAUUUUUUUUUAUUAUUAUUCUUUAGUUUAUAUUUUUGUUAUUCGAAUUUUCUUGCAUUCAUUUAAACGUGGAAACAUGUUCAAUAAAAUCAGCAAAUUUAAAAAGUAAAAUUGAGUUCUACUAAAUGUUGAUGCUAUCAUACUGGUAUUAUUGUAUAUAUUAUUUUUAAAUAAAUUAUUCGCAUAUCCAUGUAUCUGUUACAAAGUGUUCAACAAUAUUUCAUUUUCAUUCU